AUGUCACGUCUUAGAAGAGUUAAUCGUAAAGUUCUAGAAAUGGGUGUUGAAGAUUUCCCCAUGGAUACUAGUGAGCAAGAUAAAUUGAUUGAAAAGUUUGAAAAAGAAAAUAUAGUUCGUGAUAAACGAUAUAUUAAUGUUAUAUUCGGGUCGUUACUCAUAAUUAGUUUAUUUUAUCCAUAUCUUUUGAAUAAUGAUCAUCUAAUGGACAAAGAAUUAAUUAAAUCCAAAAAGUAUUUGAAAACAGCUUUAAGCAUUGGUAGUCGAUCUAUACAAUGCUCUGCUAUUACCCUAAGGUAUGAAGUCUUAAGGGAUUAUGAAAUAUUAAAUAAAAUCAAGAUGAAAAUUGAUAAUAAUAAGAUAAAUUUAGUCAACAUAAUUCUAAUAAUACUGGCCAACUGGAUCAUAGUGAGCCACUGGGAAGAUUUACAAUUUAUUGAGUUAGUUAUCUUGGAGAUUCCAGUUAUGAUUUUUGUAUUGACAAUUUCUAUCAAAAGAUGGGGAUUUCAAAUAGAGACUAGUAUUGAUGAAUUACGUGGCUUGAAGUACGAAUAUAAAAAUGUGUAG